AAGCCUGAUGGCUGGCUUGGGAUCAUGAUCAGUACCAAACUGUUCUUUGACUUCAGCGGUAAAUAUAAAUUUCAAGACAAAAUGAGGGAUUUGCUAAAUGAGAUUGAUAGAAUGUAUCCCGAUUCACUCUUAAAGGUGCAGCCGAUCAAAGAAGAAAAACUGCGUGCUGUAGUUGCAGUGGACGCCGUAGAUGCGGCAGCUCCUAAUGGUGAACAAUGGUCUCCAACAAAAUACGCUUCUUAUCGACGACCGAAGCCUGUGAUUGCAUGCGAUAUGACAAGAGAAUUCAUCGACACGUGGUACAAAACCCAUAUGCUUAAAGGUUGCAUUCCCGCAACCAUUUGUGCCGAUGAACUGAGGAUGCUGGUGGACAUGAGACAUGAGGCGCCGGAAUUUUUCUACAAGUGCCUUUGUAAAAUGUACAAAAUUCGCAACCCUGUAAAAAUGUCGAAAGUUAUAAAAGCUCUCCGAGAACUUUAUGAAUAGGUGAACAACUGGAGAAUAAUGAUAUAAUGAUAUGAUUGUAUUGGUGCAUUUUCGUGACACAAAUCGUGAGACAAAAAAGAUAACUUGUGAUGAACGGUCAAAUAAUGGAACUUGAUAUUUUUAUAACUAUGCAUUUGUAUCAGCAUAUAAAUAAACCAAUACGAAUGAUACAUUUGACCGGUCUGAGCUAUAAUUAAAACCAUGAUUAUAUUAUGUCAGUGAUUGUUUUGCAUAUAAAACGUCAUAUCUAAACAUUAGCGCGAAUUAAAUAUAGUAGAAAUGCCGACUUAAAAAUUGUUAAGCUACUCAGGUACUGCUUCUUUACAUCCCGUUUGGGUUUUGGUUCUAGUGUGUAGUAGUAUUUACAGUUUGUACAAAGUUUGUAUAACCAAAACACUUUUUAAGAUUAUUAAAUAAUCAUUAUUGGACCAUGAAAUUAGUGCCUGCGUAACUACAGAUUCAAUUUGUUUUGGCAGAUUAAAUCAGUAUCGUGUUUAACUGUUCAUCAAAAGAGAUAUAUUUUGUCUCGAAGAAACCGUGAUUUUAGAAGUUGUAUAAAUACUUGGGAUGGUAACAAACAACGUGUAUACGAACAAAUGGAGUAAUGAAAUAGCGAAUGCCGUUUGGAUUGAUUAGAGUAAGCGUGUUCUAAUCAUUGUUAAUCCUUUUAACUCGUCUUAUGAAAGUACAAUUAAUUAUACAUUCUAUGAAAUGGUGCCAAUUUAACGAUUUUUAUAUAAAACUUGUUUCGAAAUUCGACUAAUUUGCUCUAUCAGUGGAAUAUGGUGUACUUGGCUUAGGCACCCGAA